GGCUUCACAUCCGGGUCAUCCAGCAGGAUCUGUCUCUUGCGUCUGUGUCUUGACAGCGAAAACGUUUCUUCCCGCCGCGCUGUACCGCAGCUCUCUGCCCGACCGCGCGGCUCGCAGAGCGGACACUGCGCCUGGCGUGGGCCGGUGAUGAUGGAGCCAGGAGCGCCGUGAAGCUCGGCAGGGAUGAAGACGGUAGGAGGAGGCUUCUUUAUGGGCUAGCCCGCGGUGAAUAACUCACCUCCCUCCCCUCCUCCCAAAAAAAUAAAAAAAUUUAAAAAAAAACGAUGUCGAAGAGCCUCAAGAAGAAGAACCACUGGACCAACAAAGUCCACGAAGCGGUGAUAACCCGGGGGAAGGACGGGGAGCUGGGCUUCGAGCUGAAGGGGGGCGCUGAGAACGGCCAGUUCCCCUACUUCGGCGAGGUGAAGCAGGGGAAGGGGCUGAUCCAGAGCGGAAAGCUGGCCCAGGAUGAGCUGCUGCUGGAGGUCAACGACAUGCCGGUGGCCGGGCUCACCACCCGGGACGUGCUGGCCGUCAUUAAACACUGCAAAGACCCGGUCCGCUUCAAAUGUGUCAAACAAGGUACCACCAGGCAGCCGAAGGAGGGGGAGGUGCCUGGGGUGGACUACAAUUUCGUGAGCGUGGAGCGUUUUAUGGAACUGGAGCAAAGUGGAGCCCUGUUAGAGAGCGGAACCUAUGAAGAUAACUUCUACGGCACGCCAAAACCUCCAGCGGAGCCGUCCCCGGCAGCCCCUCCUCUGAAUGUGAGUGAGGCCCUGCUGCCCGGAGCCCGGCCCAGCGCCCAGGGCAAGAGAAAGAGGAACCAGUCGGUCAGCAACAUGGAGCAGCGCGCCAGCAUGGAGCCCCCCGAGGAGGAGGAGGAGGAGAGCCCCGUCGUCAACGGCAAUGGGGUGGCUAUCACGCCAGAGUUGAGUGAACACGAGGACAAGAGCACAGACGCCUCUGGGGAGGUUGCGGUUGAAGGGUCCAUCCAGGCCGCAGCAUCGUCUGAGCCCGCUACAGAAGGGGAGGAGGCCCCCAAAUCUCCCUCCAAAUCGCCCUCCAAGGCCCCAGAUGUAGACGAGGAGGAGCUGGGUCCUCUGCCGGACAACUGGGAGAUGGCGUACACCGAGAAGGGAGAAGUUUAUUUUAUAGAUCACAACACCAAAACUACAUCGUGGCUCGAUCCGCGGCUCGCAAAGAAGGCCAAACCGCCGGAGGAGUGCAGGGAAGACGAGCUGCCCUACGGCUGGGAGAAGAUAGACGACCCCAUCUACGGCAGCUACUACGUAGACCACAUCAAUCGAAGGACUCAGUUUGAGAAUCCGGUUCUGGAAGCCAAGAGGCGCCUGGAGCAGCAGAGACAGAUGCAGAGCCAGGGMCUCUCUGCUCUACCUUUACCCACGAUAUACAGAGAAAAGCCCUUGUUUACGAGGGAUCCGACCCAGCUGAAGGGCACCUUCCUGUCGACAGCCCUGCAGAAGAGCAACAUGGGAUUCGGCUUCACCAUUAUUGGAGGCGACGAGCCCGACGAGUUCCUGCAAGUGAAGAGCGUUAUCCCAGACGGGCCCGCCGCUCAGGACGGAAAAAUGGACACGGGGGACGUCAUCGUCUACAUCAACGACAUCUGCGUGCUGGGCACCACGCACGCCGACGUGGUCAAGCUGUUCCAGUCCGUGCCCAUCGGCCAGAGCGUGACCCUGGUGCUCUGCCGAGGAUACCCGCUGCCCUUCGACCCCGAGGACCCGAGCGCAGCGGCGAGCUCCUCCCUCACGCCCAUWGGCCUGGAGCACCGCCCGCUGGUGGUGAACGGCCGCGGCGGCUACGACCCGUACCUGGAGUACCUGUCGCUGAGCUCCCAGCUCCCCCCUCAGGCCCUGGCCCAGGCCGGAGCCUCUCAUCCUGGAGACACGCACCUGGACGGCUCCUCGCUGCCGCCCACCACACCCGGCUCGGCCUCGGCGCUCACGCCUCGAGACGACAACGUUUCCAUGGCCUCCUCUGGGACGGUGGGUGUUGCCGGGGCAACAGCAUCAGGGGCGGACCUACUGACUGUUACCAUGGUGAAAGGAGCAGAGGGAUUUGGGUUYACCAUUGCAGACAGUCCGACUGGUCAGCGAGUUAAACAGCUGUUAGAUCCAGGCUCCCAGGGAGCAUCAGGYCUGAUCGAAGGAGACCUGAUCCUGGAGGUGAACCAGCAGCCCGUAGCUGCAGCGGGACACGGACGAGUGGUGGAGCUGCUCAAAGAGUGUCCUGUGGGAGCAGAGGCCACACUCCUCAUACAGAGAGGAGGAACAGGACACAUCUCUCCAUGGAAGGCUUCAAAACAGUGGGACCCACAAGGCAGCCCUCAGACGAACCCAUCAGGACCCAUCUUACCGCCCGGCACGCCUUUCCCAAACCAGCCACAACACCGCACGUCUGUGCCCGACUCCACCGAGGGCUUCGACCUGAACAAGCCCGACCCGUACGACCUGUACGAGAAGUCCAGGGCCAUCUACGAGAGCAGGCGUCCUGAGUAUGAGGAGGUGGAGGUGCACCUGCUGAGGGAGAAGACGGGCUUCGGCUUCCGCAUCCUGGGGGGAGACGAGGCGGUGCAGGCUGUGAGUCCGGACGCCCGUGACAAGAUUGUUAUUGGUGCUAUAAUAGAGAACACUCCCGCUGAGCGCGACGGGCGCCUUCGACCCGGAGACGAGCUGAUUUCGGUGGAUAAAAACGUGGUUGCUGGGAAACCGCACAAAUACGUCAUCGACUUGAUGCACGCCGCCGCUCGCAACGGUCAAGUCAGCUUGACUGUGAGACGGAGAGUGCAAAUGCCUGGUGAGCCCUGUCCGGUAAACGGCCGCAGCCCCGGCUCGGUGUCCACGCAGCACAGCUCUCCACGGAGCGACGCCGCCUCAGCACCGGCCGCCGCCGCGCCGCCCCCGCCCACCGCCGUCCACGUUGUGGCCUCCCUGACGGAAGGGUCCGCCGUGCAAACCAGCGACGUGGUCAUCAACCGCAAGGAGAACGAAGGCUUCGGCUUCGUCAUCAUCAGCUCCCUGAACAGGCCGGAGAACGCCGCGGUCAUCACUGUGCCCCAUAAAAUUGGACGCAUCAUUGAAGGGAGCCCCGCAGACAGGUGUGGGAAGCUGAAGGUCGGGGACCGGAUCCUGGCUGUGAAYGGACAGUCAAUCAUCAGUAUGCCACAUGCUGACAUCGUCAAACUCAUUAAAGAYGCCGGAUUAACGGUCACGCUCCACAUCAUCCCAGAGGAAGGCUCCCAGUCUGGACCCAACUCAGAGAAACAGAGCCCCAUGACCCAGAAACACAGCCCCCAGACCCAGCCCAGUCCUGUAGCCCAGCCGAGCCAAGGAGGCGCCCAGCCGGGCCAAACGGCCAUUCAGACGCCGGUCCAGCCCGGCCCGACACCAGCUCAGACGAACCAAAUCGUGACUGGACCUCCAGCACCAGCAGCCUCGCAGCCCGCACCGGCUGGAACCCAGCAGAGCCCCAUCACCCAGACUCCUGGCCUCCCCCCGCAGCUCUACCUCCACGACGGCAGGUCAGAGGUAAAAGCACGGCAGGACGUCAAACCCGACUUCCGUCAUCCUCCAUUCACUGAUUAUCGUCAGCCUCCUGUCGACUACCGUCACCCACCGGUGACCGAUUACCGCCAGCCCCCCACACUGGACUACAGACAYCCUCCUGGCCUGCUGGACUUCAGGCAGCACCCCGCAGCUGCACAGUUUCCUCUGGGGAUCCCGGCUGACUUCAGACCACAAGACUAUGAUUACUUCACGGUGGAGCUGGAGAAAAGCUCGAAGGGCUUUGGGUUUAGUAUCCGCGGGGGCAGAGAGUACAGCAUGGACCUGUUUGUGCUGCGCCUCGCAGAGGACGGUCCUGCCAUACGAAACGGAAGGAUGAGGGUGGGCGAUCAGAUCAUAGAGAUUAACGGGGACAGCACUCGGGACAUGACUCACGCUCGCGCCAUCGAGCUCAUCAAGGCCGGCGGCCGGCGGGUCAGGCUGCUGCUGAAAAGAGGCACGGGACAGGUGCCGGAAUAUGACUGUGCCGGCCCCUGGGAUUCCCUUUCUACAGCCCACUCUGCCCUGCAGGAAGUGACCGUGGAACCCCAUCUGAGUCCGUUGCUCUCAUCUCAUCCAGCUUCAGCCCCAGGAUCCCCUCAUCGACUCCACCUAGAGGCCAAAGUGUGCACGGCAGACAAAGCUCCAGCGCCGACGGACCACGGCUCGGUCAGGAGGGCUGCAGGUGGCAGGUCCACCGAGCAGAAAUGCGUCGUAAGGGGACAGGGGGCCCCUCAGAGGUCCGGAGAGGCGAGUCGCGGUGAAAACCAGCUCCGGGCUUUGCCUCCCAAAGCUGCUGCUGCUGCUGCGGGGAGGCCCAACGAGAGGAGGGAGAUCUGCUCCCCCUGCUGCGAGAGGAAGGGCCGGCAGACCAUGAGCUCCGCUUCGCCCUUCCUGACCGUGAACCUGAACGGAGGCGGGGACGGACCCCCGAGCCUCCAGGAGAGGCUGAAGAACAGCGGCCACGCUGGGCUUCGAUGCCCCCCGAAGGCGACAGAAGACCCUCCGGCGAGGAGCGCAGCCGUCUCCCCAGGACCCUGGAACAUCCCCGGCUCUGACAAACUGCCCGGCACCUUCCGGUCCUGGACCUCUACGGUGAGCAGGUAGAAAGGAUCCGACUGGUUUGGGCCCAACAGCAUCUCUCCUGGCCUCUCUGUCCUGUUUUUUCAUCUCGUCUCAUUUAUAGAGGAUUAUUUCACCCACCACCUUAACGAGCAGAGACACUUUUCAAAACCUGAUGAAGACCCUCACAUGUGAACGCUGACGUUCUGAUCUGAAGCGUUGCACCUUUAACUCCAGACUCAACGUGGCUCCAGAGAAGAGAUUUACUUUUUAUUGUCAGACGGAGGCAGUGACACUGAAUCGUUACAGCUCAACAUGCGCUACAUGCCUACCAAUAUAUUAAACUGUAAAGAUGUUAAAAAUAUGUACAUUUGAUGAACUUCAGGCAGUGUUGUAGUUAGAUACAUUGUACAAAAUUUAAAAAAAUAACAGCCGAGGACAGGAUUUGAUUUUUUUUUAAAGCAUUCCUGUUUCCACAGCCUCCUCCAUAACAUAUCAAAGACUUUCACCAAACCUGGAGGGAGGCGGAGCUUGUGCGCAUGGAAACGACGCACGUCAUUUCGUCUGAGCGAACACGUCCCCCGCCCAUCAUUUUAAACGACCGACCAGUCGGCUUUAGUAAGAACUCAUGCAGCGCGAGUCGUGUUUUUGUUUAACUCUGAACAGGAAACCUUUGUCCAGUCUCUGAUUUCUAUGCCUUUUUACUGUGCUAAGUGUACCACAUCACUGUGGGAGAGGGGCCGAGGUGGUCGAUGGUUCUGAGCUGAGGCGGAGUGCCUUACUCACACUAACGCAGAGCUGUUCAAUCGGUUUUUAGGGGAACUCGGGUGGAUCACGCACACGUCAGCCAACCGCUGAGCUGUGGCGUUUUUUUUUUAAGCAGUAUGUAAAAAUCUUGAUGCACUCUUUAAGCUGUAAAAGCUCCAUCCCCGAGAGUGUUUUUUUUUUUUUUUGAGGGGAGAAAAUGUAGCCUGUAGCAUCACGUUGCUCUGUUUGUCAGGACCAGGUUUUGAACCGGAGCGGAGCACGGUUUGUGUAUUUUACUUUUUAUCUGUUUUGCCAGCAUCCAGAACGUCUGAACCCAAGGUUUGAAAAGAUUUGAGGAAUAGGAACAUUUCUAUUAGGACCAUUCAGCAUCCACCAGAGCUUUUUUUUAUUAUUAUUAUUGUUGUUUUUGUUAUUUUUGAGGACUUGAAGCACCUGCAUCCCGGGACACUAAGAGGGUCUCCAAACUUCACCAGGACUGACUAGUAUUUGCAGUAAAAACACGGUCGGGAGGAUUUCUGAGACCAAACUGUGGUUUGUGGUGAAAGCUGAGUUAGCGAGGACAACGUUGUCAUUAGGCAGUAGAAAUGUGUUUACUGUAGACAAAUAUCAGMGUUUAGAAAAGCGGGCCUCUGUCCCCCCCCACUUGUCUGCUCUGACUGGUUUUAUACAAAAGGAAAAAAACAAACUGCUCUGAACUCAUGAAGGAUGGCACGUUCAUACCCCCCCCCCCCCCCCCAUUGAGAUCCAGUAUAAUUGUGUAGUGUUAAUUGUGUAAUAUUCACCUUGUACAGCUGUAUUCCUACAAAUAUGGUUUACUGUAUCAUUGAUACUGUAGUUUCAAAGACGUGAACAACUAUUUUUAUGAAAUGCGACAGUACUGAUAUAUUACAUUUUGCUAAAAAAACUUACAAAAAACUUGUUUACUGAAAGAUACUCUGAAAUACUGUCAAAUAAACUCUUGACAUGGUGUAAAAAUA